GGGUAGUUUUUGAAAUUUCGUAUUGUCCUUCGCACUCCUUUUCUGGUAAACAUCGCCUUACUUUGCGACUUGUUUAGCCCUCUCAGUAAGCAGCAGCCGCCUUCCGCUUGGCGUAUUUUGGCCCCUCAAUGAGCGCUAGCUAGAUUAACGGUGCUAUUGAUGCUAAAACGAACGAAGUCUACAUAGCCGAGCCGAACUCACAUUAGUGUAUUUCUGCGUGUGUCUGUACUUUCGCUCGGCUAUAAUCCUCCUUCCACCAGAUAUCCUGCCGCAAUUAUGAAAGUAACUAAGUACGAAAAUAGCAAGUGCCACCUCGUCAGCGCUUACAGACCCAAGCGAACAAAGUGAGAGCAGAUCUAACGACGAGAGCGACAACAGUCAGUGGCAAACAGUAAAUCACAUAGCAAACGAGUUCAACGAAAAAAGAUGUGGUCGCAAGGAUUCUCACAGCAUCGCUAGGGCGCCUGCGACAGGAUGAAAUUUAGUAACAGAAAACUAUCGCUGUGAAGUAGAUCUAGCGGAUGCAGCUAAUGAAAUUUUUUUUUGAUAUUUGUGUUAAUCUGCAAAAUAAUCAAUAAUUGAAAAGGAGAACAAUAUACCGUUGCCGAGGAAACACAGCUGAGGAAGAAAAAAUGACACAACCGGCUGGACCAAUGGCGCAUACUUUUGAAAAUGAUAACAAUUACUACCAGAUCAGCGAUGAAGAUCUUGAAGACUGCGACGAUCUUAACGAUGACUCUCUACUUGGGGAGGUAGUUGAAGGUACCAAUGGCCAAACAAUAACACUGAGUGGGCGCGGCCCCUACGAACGUGCUUGGACCACGGACGCUACACGCGCGCUCAUACACAUACGCGGUCCCAUGCAGGGCAUGUUCACCGAGGGCCGUCAAAAACGGACUGCACUUUGGCUACACUGCACACGACAACUGCAAAAGUUAGGCUUUCGCUACAGCGCAGCAAAAGUACAAAAGAAAUGGCACAAUAUACUCAUUACCUACAGCAAAAACUUACCUAAGAAGAUUACAAGUGGAUAUGUGCAUUGGGAAUUCUUCGAAGAGAUGCACAAGUACUUGAAGGACAAAAAAGUGGAUAUGUACGAUUUCCAAUACAAAUCGACAUCUUAUCACAAAUCGCCCGUGGAGCAACAGCAGCAGCAGCAACAGCAACAGCAGCCGCAGCCCUUGCCGAUUAGUUUUCAACAAACGCUGGAAGUCAAACCACAGACGCCUUCCCUACAACCUGAAGUUACAACUCAAUAUGGCGUAGGGAAUAAAUUAGAGCUAUUGGCCAACACGGCCGAAACAAACUUGGAUAAAUCGAAUGAUGAGUUCGACGAGGAUUCGAUAGUUAUGUCUGAGCUCAAGCGGCCCAAGUUGGAGUUUAGCCCUGCUGAGCUGCCGCUGGAGAUAACCCAUGCCAAUGGCUAUGAACACAGUGGCAAAUGCGAUAACGGCGAGUUCCCGUCGAUGUGCACUGGGACGCAGGACGAUGAGCCAUGGUGGAAGGACUACUUUGAACGGAAGCUGGAGGUGGAGCGUGAGAAAAUUCAGUGCCAGAAGGCACUGCACCGCGAGCAAAUGCAAUUCCAUAAGAUGUCGCUACUGCAGCAGGAGAAGAUCGAACGUCUGAAAAUUGAUGCGAUCAACAGCUUGACGGGGACGCUGCAGAAACUGGUGGAGGCGAAAAACCGAAAGGUGUAGAUGAUAUGGGUUUCUAAAUAUGAACAGUUUAAUGUGGAUAUGAAUUUUAAUUUUAUUUAAUGUAAAUACGUAAUUAUUCUUUAAGACAUCAAAGCUUAACUACUGGAAUGGAAAUGUUA